CUGCAGAGUGAAGGCUUGCUUCAGUUCUCAUGUUGUAGCAGAGGUGCGAGUCACACAUGUUCAAGUCACAAAGACGGUUGCAGAAUGAAUGGUUGGCUUUGCAGAAUGAUCCACCUCCUGGAAUGACUCUGAAAGAAAGAAGAGUUCCGAAUACAACCACCGAGUGGGUUAUAGAACUGAAAGGCCCUCCUCGAACCCAGUACGAGGGCCAGAAGUUCCAGCUUCUCUUUAUGUUUAGCAGCUGAUAAACGUUUGAACCUCCUCAGGUCAUGUUUACCGGCGAGAACAUUAAGGUCCAUCCGUACGUCGACAGCAACGGACACAUCCGUCUGUCCAGUUUAACUGAGCACUGGAUUCCAGUUCUGACUGUCCGGUCCUGGUGCUUUAGCAUUAUCAGCAUAUUAUCCAGCUGAAGGAGCCACGGAGAGCGUCGGGAGACACAUGCUGGAGGCCUGUAACAACAACCUGGAGAUGGCAGUCACCAUGUUUCUGGAUGGUGCAGGAGUUCCAGAGGAGCCGAGCACCAGCUCCAGUUCAGCCACAGCUUCGGGGAGCAGAUG